UCGAGUCUUUUCAAAGUUCGAUAUCCGACACGUUUUUCACCACGUCGUAGUCCGACCGGAAGACCGGCCCAAAACCGCUUUUGUCAUGUUCGAGGGCACGUGGCAGUGGAUCCGGUGUCCCAUGGGAAUUUGCAACGCCCCCGCAACAUUCCAGCGGGCCAUGAAUAUGGCCUUCACCGAGUUCGUUAACAAAACCCGUUUGACACAGCCGUUGAUAAAUUUCUGUGUGAUUAUGUACAUGGAUGACAUUUUGGUCUUUUCCAAAACCUACGAGUACCAUGUGGAACAUGUCGAAUGGGUGUUGCAUGCGUUGAAAGAUGCGGGGUUCAAAGUGGCUCUGGAGAAAAGCGAGUUUUUUCUGUCCGAAAUUUUCUUUUUGGGCUACAUCGUCACGGUCGAGGGGCUGAAACCAGAUCCCAGGAAGGUAGCAGCGGUUCAAGAGGCCCCGGCCCCGGUCACGCUCACUCAGGUUCGAGCCUUCCUAGGCCUGGCCUCUUAUUAUCGACGCUUCAUUCGGAGCUUUGCCUGCCUCGCCAAGCCACUGACAAACCUGCUGAAGAAAGAGGAGCAGCUGAUCUGGACGUCGGAAUGCGAGGCGGCUUUUCGGGCACUCAAGGAGGCUCUGACAUCGGCACCCGUGUUGGUGCGUCCCGAUCUGACAAGACAGUUUGCGCUGCAUACCGACUGGCAGCCGCAGGCGAUAUCAACGGUGCUGACUCAGCAAGGAACGGAUGGAAGGGAGCACGUCAUCGAGUAUGCGUCGAAAACGCUAAGUCAGGCCCAGUCGAACUACGAGGCGUGCAAGGGUGAGUGCUUGGCGGUGGUGUGGGGGGUUCAACACUUUCGACCGUAUCUGUACGGGCAGAAGUUCGUGCUCGUGACGGAUCAUCAGCCAUUGCUAUCAUUGCGGAACAACACGGACUACACGAGUACCUUGGGAAGGUGGGCGGUGAGAUUGCAGGACUACGACUUCAACAUCUGCCACCGCGCCACCAGGCAGCACGGGAACGCCGAUGGUCUGACGCGCCUCCAGCCGCCGAGCAAGAGUCCCGCGAAUGAGAAGCUCAUCCCGUGGAAGCCGAUUUCGCCUUCGACGGAACCCGGCUACGGAGAGGUGAAUGUCCUCCGCAAGGAGCCGCUGCCCUUCGCAGACGAAGACGCGUGGGACUUGCACCGUGCGCUGUACAAGUCGGUGGCGUUGGGGAUGUUCCGAUUCUUCGUGGAUCACGAAGACCACUGCAUCGGGGAGCACUUCAUCGUCUAUUACGUCAUCACACGGCCCAAGCAAGCGCAGAAGGAGGGGACAGUGGCACUGUACCCAUUCGCCCAGCUCCAGAUGAUCGAUCCGGGAUUGUUGGAGCUCAUACAUCUUGAGCUCCUAUCCAUUGCGCAAGUGAUCGCGAGCGAGGAAGAGGAGAUUCAGCCACGAUUGCGGACGGUGGCUGCCCCGCGGAGAACGUACAACGCGGUCGUCAUCCCGGAUUACAUUGCGCAGCGCGAGGAGAGGUUGGAGGACUUCCCGGAGGAAAAGCCGUUGCGACCUCCCUCGUCGUAUCCCAGACCGGCGCCGCCAAAGGCCCCCAAGAAGACGCCGAAGAGGAAGAGACACCACCCGUCGCCAGGAGCGCAAGGCAGCAGAAUCGGUGGCGGCGAGGAGGUGGUUCAGCCCGCGCGCACGCGGAAUCUUGAUCCAGUGCCUGGGAGUGGGGCGACGCUCGUUAAGGAGACUGUUGUGCCAUCGCCGCCCUUCCCGCGCGUGCCCGAUCUCAAUCUUGAUGGAGCCGGGCCAUCAGCCGCCGCAGCUGGAGGAGGAAGCCGAAUUGGAUUACCGGAUCCCGUAUCCAGACCCCCCGUCCUCGCGAGACCUCUCCGCCAGCCACCCCGGAGUGCCCCGAUCAUUGACAUUAGCAGUUCCUCCAAGCCGGACGGUCCAUCCGACAGAGGUGGAUUUCAUGGUGGAGCCCACCACCAUCAGGCUCGAGACCAUCGCGAGGGCGCCGCGCCCUGAUCCGGUGUGGGAACCAUAUCUGACACCCCCUUUUCAAGGGUGCAUCGCGGCGCGACUGGCGGGGACGCUCAUCUAUGAGA